AUGCUUGAUUCGGAUCCUGUGGAUUCUAAGAAGAACCGUAGUGGAUUAAGAGGAUUGUUUUCAUCUUCAACUUCAUUGAAUAAGGAAAAUCGUAGGGCAGGUAAUGAGAGUAGGACAUCGUCACCACUGUCACAUAGAUUUUUGUUGAAAAGGAGGAGCUCUAGGGGCAUUUUUCAAUCAUCGCAAAAUAGUUCUACAAGCUCUCUCAAUUCAGUCACAAAAAACAAUAUGUAUAAUCCCAGUGGCAUGCCUAACAAUGGUAGUCAGGAGCAAAUCUAUAAAAAACCAGAACACAGUUAUCAAAGUGAAGCGGGAGACCUUUCCAAUGAGGGAACUGAGUAUGAGAAUUCCGCGAGCUCGAGAAGUCAAUCAAGGGAUAAUACCGUUAAUACGUCAAAUGGCUCGUUCAAUAACAAUGAUAGUAGCCUGCCAAAGACUGAUGAAAGAAUACCACCACAUAUGCAGCGUCGCAAGGUUGAACAACUGCCCGAAGCAAAAAAGGAAAUACCCAAAAAGACGAAGAGUCAUAGUCGUCAUCUGAGUCAUUUAUCAUUGAAAAGAUUCCUUAAAAAGCUCAAAAACACAGACACAGGAGAUAGUAAGCAUAAAACUAAACAUGCUAAUAUUUUGCCCCAUCAUUCGGCAGAUUUGUAUAAGAAGUACGGGAACGUUGGAAAGCUAUUGGGGACGGGAGCAAGCGGAUCAGUUAAGUUGGUUACUUCGAAGACCGACCCUAAUGAAAUAUUUGCAGUUAAGAAGUUCAGAUCUAAAUUGCCGAAUGAAAAUGAACAUGACUACAAAGUAAAAGUCAAAAAUGAAUUUAAAAUAGGACAGCAUUUGAAACAUGAAAACUUGAUCCAUACAAUCGAGUUGAUUAAAGAAACUGAGAUGACGUCAGUUGAAUAUUACAUUGUCAUGGAAUAUUGUCCAUAUGAUUUCUUCAAUUUGGUGAUGUCUGGACUUAUGACUCGUGAGGAAUGUUCAUGUUAUUUUAAACAAAUUAUUAACGGUGUUGCUUACUUCCAAGAGAAUGGUUUGGCUCAUAGAGAUUUGAAAUUGGAUAAUUGUGUGGUCACUGACGAUGGUAUACUAAAAUUGAUUGAUUUUGGCUCGGCCGUGCAAUUUAGAAAGGAAAAAGUUAAUAACACCCCCUCUGAAGAUGACCUAGACGAAAAUCAUAGGUUAGUAAGAUCCAGAGGCGUAGUUGGCUCAGAUCCAUAUUUGGCCCCGGAAGUUUUAGAACCAAGUAAUUUUGGUUACGACGCGAGAGGUGUGGAUGUAUGGUCUAUUGCAAUUAUGUAUUGUUGUAUGAUUUUGAAGAGAUUUCCUUGGAAAAUCCCUAAGGUAAGUGAUCCGUCAUACAAAUCAUUUAUAACUGAUCCUAAUGACACAGAUACAGAAGAGCUUGCAAAUGAUAUGAAUAAUACCUUAACUGUCUCUUCCUCCGCAGAUGCCAAUAGAAGGCAUUCAACGGGUCCUGACAGGUUACUUCGUCUUUUACCAACGCAGGCUCGUUAUUUGAUUCAAAAGAUGUUGAUUGUAGAUCCACUUCAAAGAUACACUAUGAAAGAUGUUGUGAAUGAUGAGUUUUAUUUGUCCAUUGAUCAUUGUCAUACAAUCGAAGGUGAAGGUCCUACGAGAUCAUUCCACAGUCCUGACAAUCAUACGCAUCAUUUAGUAACCGAAGAGGAUCUCCAAAAAAUAAAGAUGGAAAAAGAACGUCACAAAAAACUUAAAGAUGCAGGUGUUGCCUAG